UGUAUGGCAGGUCACUCCCGUAGUAUUCCUAAAUCGCUCCCACCACCGGAAUCUGGGACACAUUUUGUCAGCAGCCGCCAAGCAUGGCUCCUUCUGUGGUAACUGAAUAGCCAGUGUAAUUUGACACUUCAACUUGCCGUGGCUCUCUACGGUAGUUGAUUCAGUCACUCACACGCCAACGCUACGGUGAUCGGUUUUUCUUGUAUUUGUGAAGUGAAAAGGGACGCAGUGUAGGUCUACACGAAAUUCGGGAAAACAAAGCGGAUUUCUUCUCCUAGCCGAGCUAAAAGUCCAGUGAAGACCAGUGAGGAAGGAUCCUGAAGGAUAUACAUGGGAUGGGUGGGGGUGAGGGGGGGCUUGUGACAUCACUCCCAGCCCAGGUCAGAGUUCACACAGGCAUGUUCUAUGAUUGAUGAGGAAGUAGCGAAGGCUUUGGUUAAUAGGAAACACAAGAACCUCCCUCUCCGCUGAUACCACAGAUACAUUUAAACGGAAAGCUGACGUCCUAUCUUCCUGUCCUGUCUCUCCGCUCCAAUCAGCCAAUCCCAACGAGGAGCUGCGGUUGACCUUCCCGGUCCGGGACGGCGUGGUAUUGGAACCUUUCCGGUUGGAACACAACCUCGCCGUCAGUAAUCACGUCUACCACCUGCGACCGUCGGUACAUCAGACCCUCAUGUGGAGAGUGUUGAUGGCGUCACGUUAGGCUAGAGGACAGGAAGCAGUCAUCAAGAUGAACGCAUUGCCGUCAAUGGAUCGGCACAUCCAGCAGACCAACGACAGGCUGCUGUGUAUCAAACAGCACUUACAGAACCCGGCCAACUUCCACACGGCAGCUACAGAGCUGCUGGACUGGUGCGGAGACCCCCGAGCCUUCCAGAGACCCUUCGAACAAAGCCUCAUGGGAUGCCUAACGGUGGUGAGUCGUGUGGCAGCCCAACAAGGCUUUGACCUGGAUCUAGGCUACAGGCUGCUGGCUGUUUGUGCUGCUAACAGAGACAAAUUCACGCCCAAGUCUGCAGAAACCAACACCUGCAGGAGAUGUCAGAGUGACUCAGCCCUGCUGUCAUCGUGGUGCGAGGAGCUGGGUCGCCUCCUGCUGUUGCGUCACCAGAAGAGCAGACAGAAUGAGCCUCCGCAGGGCAAAGUCCCCAUGCAGCCCAACAUGAACACCAUGAAACCCCCCGGAGGACUCUCACACAGUGAUGGGUCAUUUACCUACGACUCGGUUCCAUGGCAACAGAACAACAACCAGCCCCCAGGGUCAUUGUCUGUGGUUACCACCGUGUGGGGUGUGACCAACACGUCACAGAGUCAGGUGUUGGCCAACAGCUCCAGUCAUAUGAACCCAGGAGGUAACCCCAUGGGCCAGGGUAUGUCUGGGGGUCCGGCAGGCCUCAACUCCCCUCAGUUCUCCGGCCAGCAGCAGCAGUUCCCGGCUAAGGGAGGCCAGGGCUACAUGCAGCAGGGGAUGUAUGGCAGGCAGGGAUACCCCAGUGGAGGGGGCUACAGCGGGAGUUAUCCAGGUGGUCCUAACACUCCCCCAGGGGGCAUGGGGAUGCCCCAACACUCCCGCCAGCCUGGCGACUUCACCCAACCAGCAGCUGCUGCUGCUGCCGCCGCUGUCGCUGCCGCCGCUGCUACGGCAACCGCCACGGCAACCGCUACCGUGGCAGCCAUGCAGCAAGAGACCCAGAACAAAGAGAUGAACCAGUAUGGACAGAUGUGUUCCUCCUUCCAGAUGGGCCCAACUCAGGCCUACAACAACCAGUUCAUGAACCAGCCCGGCCCCAGAGGGCCCCCUGGAGGCAUGAACCCGGGCAGCAUGGGCCAGGCCAUGAACAACCCCAGCAUGGGUGGGCCUCCCAUGGGCAUGAACCAAACUCGAGCCCCAGCCAUGGGGCCUUUUGGGGCUCACGGCCAGAGGAUGUCCCAGCAGGGCUACGGAGGACCUGGAGGCCCCAGGCAGGCCAUGCCUAUGCAGGGAAUGAAGAGACCUUAUCCUGGAGAGCCAAACUACGGGGGUCAGCAGUAUGGUCCUAAUGGUCAGUUCCCUCCCCAGCAGAGUCAGUACCCCGCCUCUAACCCCUCCAGGCCGAUGCCCUCCCCCAACUACCCGGGCCAGAGGAUGCCUGGGGGGCAGGGACCAGGCCAGUACCACCCGCAAGGCAUGCCCAUGGGACAGUACUAUAAGCAAGAGCCAUUCAAUGGUCAGAACAGCAACUUCUCUGGUGGUGUAUACUCAUAUAGUCAAGGCAACGGGGCCCCCAGGCCAGGUAACUACCCCCACUCCCCGGUGCCUGGUAAUCCCACACCUCCCAUGACCCCCGGAAGCAGUAUGCCUCCGUACCUCUCGCCCAACCCGGAUGUCAAGCCGCCGUUCCCGCCAGACAUGAAACCAAAUAUGACAGCGCUUCCACCUCCCAAUACCACAGAUACAUUUAAACGGAAAGCUGACGUCCUAUCUUCCUGUCCUGUCUCUCCGCUCCAAUCAGCCAAUCCCAACGAGGAGCUGCGGUUGACCUUCCCGGUCCGGGACGGCGUGGUAUUGGAACCUUUCCGGUUGGAACACAACCUCGCCGUCAGUAAUCACGUCUACCACCUGCGACCGUCGGUACAUCAGACCCUCAUGUGGAGGUCAGACCUGGAGCUGCAGUUCAAGUGUUACCACCACGAGGACCGACAGAUGAACACCAACUGGCCUGCCUCCGUCCAGGUCAGUGUCAACGCCACGCCCCUGACCAUCGAGCGAGGCGACAACAAGACGUCCCAUAAACCCUUGCACCUGAAGCAAGUGUGCCAGCCCGGCAGAAACACCAUCCAGAUCACCGUCACUGCCUGCUGCUGUUCGCACCUGUUUGUGCUGCAGCUGGUCCACAGGCCUUCAGUCCGCUCCGUCCUGCAAGGGCUCCUGAAGAAGAGACUCCUGCCUGCAGAACACUGCAUCACCAAGAUUAAGAGGAACUUCAGCAGCGUAGUGGCCUCGUCGGGUAACACCAGUCUAAACGGGGAGGACGGCGUUGAGCAGACCGCCAUCAAAGUCUCCCUCAAAUGCCCAAUCACCUUCAGGCGCAUCCAGCUGCCCGCCAGAGGGCAUGACUGCAAACAUGUACAGUGUUUUGAUCUGGAGUGGUAUCUGCAGCUGAACUGUGAGAGGGGGACGUGGAGGUGUCCUGUGUGCAAUAAAACUGCAUUGUUAGAGGGUUUAGAGGUGGACCAGUACAUGUGGGGAAUCCUCAACGCCAUCCAGAAUUCGGAGUUUGAGGAGGUGACCAUUGACCCAUCGUGUAGCUGGCGGCCGGUGCCCAUCAAGUCUGACCUCCAUAUCAAAGAAGACCCUGAUGGACCGCUGGCCAAACGCUUCAAGACCAUGAGCCCCUCCCAGAUGACCAUGCCCAAUGUCAUGGAGAUGAUCGCCCAGCUGGGCCCUGGCCCCUCCCAUUACCCAUCAGGCCCUGCUCAGCACGGGGGAGGCGGCACCGGGGGAAACCCAGGGGAGUACGGUGGCCCCAGAGGCCCAGGCAACAAUUACCACGGCCACGGGAACUUUGACUUCCCCCACGGUAACCCCUCAGGCGGGGGAGGAGGAGGAGGGGGUGGAGGUGGACUGAGAGGGGGAGGAGGAUCCCCCAUGAGUGACUUUAUCCACCCCCCACAGCUGUCCCACCUCCCAGACAUUCCUGUGGUUCUCCUAUCCCAGGACAAGCCCCUCAGCCACGGCAUCAACGACCCCAUGUCUCAUCCUUCCACCACUGAUCAGCACCAUAAUUCCAUGCAACAGCAGAGCGCACACAUGCCUCCUCACCCCAACAGCCAGUCGUUACAUCAUGGUGGCAGCCAAUCAGGGCAGUCGUUACAUCACAGCAACCAGUCGUUGCAGCCCCCUCGCCAGCAGGCCCCAACUCCCCAACAGCAGCAAGGCCAGAACAGCCGCCCGCAUGGCGAUUUGAACUUUAACCACUCGUCCUCGGGCAUCGAAGGUCAAAUUAGUGGUGACAUGCCUGAGCCCUCCCUAGAUCUGCUUCCAGAGCUGGCCAACCCAGACGAGCUCCUGUCCUAUCUGGAUCCUCCAGACCUCCCCUCCAACAGCAACGAUGACCUCCUCUCCCUCUUCGAGAACAAUUAACCUUUCACCUCCCUCACCCCUCGAGCCAAACCCAAACCUCCUCUACAGACAGACACACACACCACAGGGUGUGUCCAACCAGCUGGACUCUCCAUAGAGUCCAUAGACACACCGUUGUCCUCAUAUGGACUGGUAGUGGGGACAUCGUCAAGUGUCACACACACACACACACACACACACACACACACACACACACACACACACACACACACACACACACACACACACACACACACACACACACACACACAAAGACGUGUAGGUGGCAUAGGAGCAACGCUGAGGUCAUCUGUCAGAACAUGAGGUGAUGAUGAGGAUGACAGGGAGUGGACACUGUGUGUGACAGAGUUAGGAAACAGGAAAUGCACUCUUGACCUCACUUCCUCUUCCUCACACACACUCUUCCUCGUGUAAAGACUCUUUACACUGCUCCGCUGCGGAGCUCCUCCGGCCGACAACAUCGACGGCCAUGUCGGCUGUCUACCCCUUCAGUGAUAUUUUAUCUCUUGUCUUUUCCAACUUAAACUGUGCAGCUAAUAAUCACGUUCUAUGUGUAUGACGUCACACAGGCUGAACUCUCUGUGUGAGCUUUUAGGGAAAAGUGUUGUAGCAUUUUGUAUCGUCCUUAUUUUCCCCUUAUACAAAAAAAAAGGAAAAAAAUACAUGACUAGGAAAGAAAAGUCAUCUUCUUGUCCUAGCCAGUGUUUAUAUCUAUCCUCUUUUGACGUGUGUUCUUCCAAGCUCUGACCCCCUGAGACCACAGCCUUUAACCCCAUUCCUUUGACAUACAGUGUGUUCUUAUAACCUCUGACCUUUAGCUCAUAGUGUGUAUUUCCAACGGGACGUCCGUCAUCACUGGGUACGUACCAUCCAGUCUAACUGAAGCACAACCGACAGUGGGUCACACCACACCACAUGGCAGGCAGAGCACAGAGGAGAGACCAAGGCCUGUGGAUGAGGAUCCUAACCCAGCUAGCUAGCUAGCCCACCCAGUCUACAUAAGAAUCAGCACUGUUAACUCUAUUCAGUUUGUCUAUCGCCCCCCUCCAAUGUUGUUCAAGUUUCUCUUCCCUGGUGUUACAGUACAAUGCCAUAUCGGACAGUGCGCUAUGCAAAAAUAAGUUUUACAAAAACAUUUGUUUUGGCUCAGAAGUGUGUGUGUGUGUGUGUGUGUGUGUGUGUGUGUGUGUGUGUGUGUGUGUGUGUGUGUGUGUGUGUGUGUGUGUGUGUGUGUGUGUGUGUGUGUGUGUGUGUGUGUGUGUGUGUGUGUGUGUGUGUGCAAGAGAAAGAGUGAGGAUGAGAGUGAUAGAAAAAGAGAAGUAAACAGUCCGUCCCUAUUUAGUCUAUCAUAGAGACACAGCUAGUGAUGCAAAAGAUAGUCGGCCAUUCUAAUAGAGCCAGAUCCCUCUUUACCGGGAGUCUUCCUCUGUUCUACAGGCCUGCAAUUGCUCCUGUAACCAUACUGUGUGCUGUUAAGAAGUGCAUGCGUGCCAAUGGCCUUUGUUCUAGAUUAGCCAGAAACAUUCUAGCCAUUGCAUUGUUUUAUCAUGAUUUUAUUUGACAUUUUCUUGCAAAGGAAGGAUUUUGGCUAAUGGUAAUGUAUUGUCCAGCUUUUUUCUUUUCAUGUUUGUUUCAUUUCUACUGUUCAUUGGAAAAUGGCCAUGCGUGAUGCAUCACCAAAGUUAUCCUACAGUUGGUAGGAGUUAGCUUGGACAUCUACUAUAAUGUAAGAAUAAUAUGGUCUAAGGCACUGCAUCUCAGUGCUAGAGGCGUCACUACAGACCCUGGUUAGAUUCCGGGGUGUAUCACAACCGUCCGUGAUUUGGAGUAUCAUAGGGCGGCUCACAAUUGGCCCAGCGUCUUCCGGGUUAGGGUUUGGCCGGGGUAGGCCGUCAUUGUAAAUAAGAAUUUGUUCUUAACUGACUUGCCUAGUUAAAUAAAGGUUAAAAAAUACAUCAAAACCAUACACUUAGGGAGCCCAUCAAAAAGUGUUCUGAACAGAUGUGUGGUUGCACUGCAUUUCCUAUGUCUUGUUACUGUUAAACUGUAUUUUGUAAACUUUUGUUCAAAAGGAAGUACAUCACACAUGAUCCCACAAUGGUUUGUUUAUAAAGACAAUACUUUAAAAUGGUUGCCAUCCUGACAAUAUAUGCUUUAAAAAUGUUUGCUAAUGUAUUGGGGAAAAGUGGAGGAAAGUGACUUGAACCUCUAUCAUUUUUGUUUAAGUCAAGUCUAAAUUGUAAUACCCUCUGGAAUUGAAUGUGAGUUAUUUUUUAUUUUUGUGAAUCCUGUUUUGUACAACACAAGAUCAUCAUGCGUAAAAUUCUAUCCUUGUAGCAUUUUUGAUAUUGUUCUCCUAUUUUAAGUUAUUUUCUGUAAUUAUUCAGUGACUGUGAGAAUAAUCAUAAUUUGGUUUACUUCAGAUCAUGUAGGCUACUAAAUGAAAUUGAAGACUUCUCAAUCGGUGGAUAUUUUUAGGACUUAAGAAUGAUCCCCAACGCUGGUUGAAUCACCUGAACACAACUGACCCUACGAUAUUUUAGGCUGUCUGUCUGUCUGUCUGUCUGUGUCUAUGUCUGUUUGUUGAAGACAAUGCACUGCCACAGUGAGGUAUUUUAACUCCCCUGCCCUGUCUAUCUGUAGAUCUGUGUAGACAUGAUGCUGAAGUCUGGUCUAUCAACAUUACUCUCGAUACGCCUUGUCCGAGGUUCAGGCUCCACACCAAACUGUAGAUCUACAGUCAAUGGACACAUGUGGAGUGUGUUAGUUAGAGGGUGCAAUGUAUUUUCAUUUAAAGAAAAUGGGAGAUGUGAUCCCCUGCCCUCUGUAUUCUGUCACUAAAAUGCAGGAAUAGGGGCUGGAGGGUCUCUGAUGGAUGCAUGUACAUAGUGUAAAUGACAGAUAGAGAUACAUUAACUUACAGAAAUGUAGACAUUUUCUCCACACGGGGCAAUGAUGCGCAUUGUGUAUUUAGAAUUUGUAAAGUUUGCAUCCUCCUGUCAGAAGAGACUGUUGAAUUGUGGGAAAUGGAGUUGUGUUUGAUAGUCUGUACAGCCCUCUGUCUCCAACCACAUGUUCAUUCAUGUAAGAUACUUUAUCUACUUCUCAAACAUGGGGGUGUUGGAAAAGGAGAAAAAAAAGAAACCUUUGUUUCCCUUUGUGUAAAACUUCUGUGUAUUUCUCUAUUACUUGUGUACUUUAUAAAGGUGCUACUACAACAACAUAAUAAAGAUAAUUUUGAGGAAUAAAUCGGGACGUGGGAACCAUGAGUGGUUCCUAAAGAUUGUUGAUACCAAAUUUACAGUUUGUACAAUUUUGGCAAAUUUACAGUUUUUACACAAUUAGGCAAAAAAUAUUACUUCCAAGGUACAAUCUGAAGUGAUUGGCACACCAAGUGGCAGUUGUCUUUUUUGUUUUGUACAUUCUGUGUACAGUCAUUUCAUAUUCUAAACUGGUCAGAAAAAAAUGAAUUGUGAUUUUUAGUCUUGCAAAACUGUAUGUAGUUAGAUGACGUGACAUCCUAAUAUUUAUCUAAUAAAUAUGUAUUCAGAUGAAA